CUACUUGUCCCAGCAGGCAGUGCGCGUGACGGCUUCCUCCCCGGAACUCUCCGCGACAGCGAGGACAGCAACGUGGGCUGGUGGGGGUCUGGCCGCGAUACUGAUCAUGCCGAAGGUAAAGAAGCAGCCGCGCUCGAGGCAGCAGCGCCCAGAAGGAAAAGCGCCAGGUAUCAGGUUCAACACUGGACUUGGUCAACAUAUUUUGAAAAAUCCCCUCAUUGUUAACAGCAUUAUAGAAAAGGCUUCCUUGUACCCUACUGAUGUUGUUCUAGAAGUCGGUCCUGGCACUGGAAACAUGACAGUAAAAAUGUUAGAAAAAGUGAAAAAGGUAAUUGCUUGUGAAUUGGACGUAAAGCUUGCUGGUGAACUUCAGAAGAGAGUCCAGGGCACGCCUCUGGCUAACAAACUUGAAAUAAAGAUCGGAGAUGUGUUGAAAAGUGACCUGCCCUUCUUUGAUGCUUGUGUGGCUAACUUGCCUUAUCAAAUUUCCUCUCCCUUUGUUUUUAAGCUACUGCUGCACCGGCCUUUCUUCAGGUGCGCAGUCCUCAUGUUUCAAAGAGAAUUUGCUCUUCGCUUGGUCGCAAAGCCAGGCUCUCCCUUAUAUUGCAGACUCUCUGUUAAUACUCAGCUAUUAGCUCGCGUCGAUCAUCUGAUGAAGGUAGGGAAAAAUAAUUUUAAACCGCCACCCAAAGUUGAAUCCAGUGUUGUGAGAAUAGAGCCAAGGAACCCUCCACCGCCAAUCAAUUUUCAGGAGUGGGAUGGUCUACUAAGGAUAGUGUUUGUCAGGAAAAACAAGACACUCGCUGCAGUUUUUAAUUCAAAUGCUGUGAAAAAGCUGCUGGAAAAGAAUUAUCGGAUUCACUGUUCACAAAAUAACUUGGAAAUUCCAGAAGAUUUCAGUAUUGGAAGUUUCAUACAGGGAAUCCUAAAAGACACUGGUUAUGCAGAAAAACGUGCGCGAGUCAUGGAUAUUGAUGACUUCAUCAGUGUUCUGCAUGGCUUCAACGCAAAAGGCAUCCACUUUUCCUAAAGGGAAGAUGGAAGAGACGCUGAGCAGCAAUGCUUUUGUAAGGAUGAACUGAACUAUCUAAAGGUGGUAUCAGAAUUUCACCCGAGAUGAUGUGUGCCAUGCUGCACAUGCACAUCGAGCUGUUUAAUUACCCCAUUGGUGCAAAAUGGGUUCUCAAGGACAACGCCAAUCGCCACCAUGCCUUUGUUCUGCUCUGCUCCUUUUGGAGGUUUUUUUAAGAGAACGUAUGUGAUGCAGAGUGUAAACUCUCCAGCCAUGUUCAGGGUCUCCUGAAAUACACCUUUUAUUUUUCUUAUUGCAUUGCUUAAGCCACAGUGACCACCUGCUCCCAACAAAAAGCACCCCAACCAAGAACAACUGUUAUGUUUGAUAUUACAACCCAGAUACUAUUCCUUUAUUAAAGAAUUCAUGAUCCAAGAUGUAAACUAGGUUCUCUUAAUUGUCAAACCCACUCCUUAGAUUUUGUGUGUGUGUCAAGUUCUGUAGUCAUUCUUAGACGGUGCAUUGCAAUAAACAAUGCUUUUUGUAUCAGUGUUUUCCACAAACAUUCAACAUUUACAAGCACCUCAACUCUAAGCCACUGAUCUGUGAUGUGGUGGGUUGUGCACAUUGGCUUCAAGACUCAUCUCCAUUUUGCUAGAUUCUUACCUGAAGUAGCAUAAACUUACAAGUUUAGUAGAUGUGUGUAUGAGUCACAUCAAGAGGUAUCCAUGCUCUUUCAGAUUCCUAAUGUGACCCCUGAAUAUGCAGUUUAGUAAAAGAAGAUACAACUCCUUGAGGCUUUGUAUAUCUGGACCAAGUCAAAUGCAGGCGGCUUGUGGAAACCAGUAACACAGUGCAACUUGAUAUUCCAUCCAUGGUUAAGAAUUAUAAAUGAACAACCAGUCGGCUUGGUUCUUCCUUGUGGUAAGGAAUUUGUGUAGAAACUGCAUACAGUGGUACCUCUGGUUACAUACUUAAUUUGUUCCGGAGGUCCGUUCUUAACCUGAAACUGUUCUUAACCUGAAGCACCACUUUGGCUAAUGGGGCCGCUGGCAUCGAAGUUCUUAACCUGAGGUACUAUUUCUGGGUUAGCGGAAUCUGUAACCUGAAGAGUAUGUAACCCGAGGUACCACUGUAUAAGAUUAUCAUGGCAGCACCAGCAUUUGAUAGUCCUCAUAGCUGGUCUUACAUUUGACUAGUAAAAUACCUCAUUCUAUUCCAGUAAGUGAUUUCAAGGCAGGAUAUUCACAUGACAAGAGAUAACUCUCCCUUUGGAAAGCACAUUUACUUCAUCAUUAAUUUUCUUUUCAGAGGAACUAAUAAGUGUCCUCCUUUCAGAGCAAGGAAGACUUCCUUCUUAUAUAUCACAGAUAGGGUCAAGUCAGUUGCUCCAGGCAGAUCUGCUUUUUUAAGGAGAGAUGGGUUAGAGGUAAGAGAAAAACUUGUGCCUCUUCUAAUUAUGGUGCCAUCUGAAGGCAGCUGAGGAAUUGCAUCUCUUUUGGGGACACAUACUUCCCCACAUAGACAUGCAUUUCCUAGCUUGCAUAUUUACAAUAUGCUGUAAGAGGUAGUGUGUCACUAGUGAUAUAGCUUGAUGUAAGGCAAAGCUGAACAGAAUCACAAUUUCCUGAUGCAAGGAUCUUCCAUGAAUCUUUUCUAAAAUAUCCUAACAGUAGGAUGCAGCUACGAAAGAAGACAUUUUACAAAAAGUUGUAUAGAAGUAAAAUUCUCAUCUCUAAUUUAUAUUUCAGUUAAAUUUAUUAAACACAUUGUGUAAAAUCUA